AAAAAAACUCAGCCCGGCCACAGAACAACUGGUAACUGGAAGGAAAAUAACAGUGAGAGGGAAACUACAUGUGGAUAGAGGAUGCGUUCACUCAUAGGGUCCCGCUUGUUAUUCGCCCUGUUUCUUAUCGAAGCCGCCGUUGGAUUAUACUUCCCCAGGAAGAGCUACCAAGCGACGGUAUACAUUGGCCAGCCUGCAGACACGCCACUUCUCCAGGUCUAUGCUUUGCCCGAUGGUGGGGAGGAGCGCAGGGCUAACUUUGGCUUCUGCAACAAUCCUUUGAGCGGAUUCCGACAUCACUGGUUCCGAAUCGAUGAGCGAUCUGGGGUUUUUUACCUUAACAAGACACUGGAGGAGAGUGACCUCAAUCUGCUGGGCAACAUGGGUGGACCGGAAUUAUAUAAGAUCAUGCUGCAUGUCUUUGCUGUCCACAAACCACAUGAGGAGAAGGAGUGCAAGGCACAGAUUAUAAUUAUCGUGGUGAAUAAGAACUUACCAGCCUGUGCCAACACUACAGCGGAAGACCUUUGCUUUGGAGAAGUGGAUUCCAAGGUUCAACUUAUUGAGAACCAUGAUCCUGGAACUUUCUUUCAAAUGAAUUCCCUGCCAAACCAGUACCACUGCCAAUUUGCCAACAUCUCCUAUCACCUUGGAGCAGGUGCCUCGGUUCCAUUCAGGAUCAAUGAGGAGACCUCUGAGGUCAGUGUGGUGAAGCCUCUUGACAGGGAGCAGAGGGAGACGUACGACAUCAUUGUCAAAUGUACGUUGCGGACGCUCGCCCAGAUCAUCCAAGUUGUGAGAUCGUUGCACGUAACCGUCCUUGACAAGGGAGAUAACGCCCCGUACAUCCUCGAUGGCAAUGACACAGCCGAGGCUUUCAUUGAGUUCAACAGGAAGGAGCACACGGUGGUGACCGCUCUCUUUGUGUAUGACACUGACAGCACGACAAAGUACACAACGACUGUGAUCGGGAACGAUACGUGGAUCACGGAGAACUUCCGUGUGAAGCCCACUGCUUUGGAGAUACCGGCCAGCGCAGAAAGACCCGCUCGAGGGACGGUAAACAAAUACGAGUUGAUACUGAAGAGAAGCUUGUCAGUCUCGGAGAACCGAUCCUUCAGUCUGGACGUACUGGUCCACGAUACUGAGUAUAAUGGUCCCAACAGCUCGGUGUUGCUUCACUUCAAUGUGAUCGUCCGGCCAAUUGUCAUCGAGUUCACCGAGAAAACAUUCUACUUCUCAGUGAAUAGGAACGCAGGACGUUCUGCUAAGGUUGGAAGAAUUUGCAUUGCAAAUUGUCAGAACUUUCAAACUUUGAGUAUGACCUACACACUGGUGCCGGUGAUGCACAGUGAAGAGAAUACCACGCAACAAGACAAAGGUUGUUCAUCCAUUGUGGGCGUUCUGAAGCAAGCCGAAGACAUAUUUGGCAUCCUCUACAUUAAUGAUGUGAAGAUGCUGAGAAACAGCACGUGCUACCAACUUCACUACAUCGUCAUUGCUAAUGAAUCACUGAGCAAGGAGGAGGCAAAGACUGACAUCAUUGUCACACUCGAGGGUGCAUACAAGGACAGAAAUAGUAAUUGCCCCAAAAUCUGUGCAACAAACAAGCAGCGCUCAGAAUGCGAGGAGUGUGGUGGACUUGGAACAUUAAAUGGGAGAUGUCAGUGGCGACAGGGCUAUGAAAAAGGAAUAUCCAAGAACUACUCGACCUGCUCGUCAGAUCUCUCCAGCUGCCCUGAUGGAUAUUGCGAUGUGGUGGAACAGAAGAAGGGCACGUGUCCGCAGGACUGUGUCGAAUGGGACAAAGUCGUCGGUGGAUUUGAACCCGGGGAGCUGGGAGGAAUUAAAGGUGGCUUUGGAACUUGUGUCUGCUACUCAGACAGCAAAUGCAUCUGCCAAAAAGAUGAGUUUGUUGAGAUGGUUUGCGAUGAUCUGUGUAAAACCAUUAUUGCAGCUGCGGUAUUGUUGUCCUUCAUCCUGUCUGUGCUGCUUUCCUCGUAUUUCAUUCAUCGAUACCAUAAAACCACUCCCAAGCCCCCCAUCGCUUCGGCAGAAAUGACCUUCAGGAGGCCAGCUCAGGCUUAUCCGAUCAGCUACUCCUCCAAUAAUAUCCGAAGACCUUCUAUAGAUUCCAUGGAAAAUCAAAUGUCCGUGGAUUCCUUCAAGAUACCAGAGGAUCCCAAGUGGGAGUUUGCAAGGAAGAACUUGGUCCUGGGUAAAACCCUGGGUGAAGGAGAAUUUGGGAAAGUAGUGAAGGCUACGGCAUUCAAACUCAAGGGCAAAGCAGGCUACACCACUGUGGCUGUCAAGAUGUUGAAAGAAAAUGCAUCUCAGAGUGAACUACGAGACCUUUUAUCCGAGUUCAACUUGCUGAAACAAGUGAACCAUCCUCACAUCAUCAAACUAUAUGGAGCCUGCAGUCAGGAUGGUCCUCUCUACCUUAUUGUGGAGUACGCCAAAUACGGAUCACUGAGAAGUUUCCUGAGGGAAAGUCGCAAAGUCGGUCCCAGUUACUUGGGUGAAGGCAAUCGAAACUCCAGCUAUUUGGAUAAUCCAGAUGAACGGGCCUUGACCAUGGGAGACCUGAUAUCUUUUGCCUGGCAGAUCUCCCGUGGAAUGCAGUACCUAGCUGAAAUGAAGCUUGUUCAUCGUGACUUGGCAGCACGGAAUGUCUUGGUUGCUGAAGGUCGUAAGAUGAAGAUCUCUGAUUUUGGACUUUCCAGGGAUGUGUAUGAGGAGGACUCGUAUGUGAAAAGAAGCAAGGGUCGAAUUCCUGUGAAAUGGAUGGCAAUAGAAUCUUUGUUUGAUCACAUCUACACAACGCAAAGUGACGUGUGGUCAUUUGGCAUUCUACUUUGGGAAAUAGUGACACUGGGUGGAAAUCCCUAUCCCGGAAUUGCUCCUGAACGCCUCUUCAAUCUGCUUAAGACAGGAUACCGGAUGGAGAGACCAGAGAACUGCAGUGAGGAAAUGUACAACUUGAUGCUGCAUUGCUGGAAACAAGAGCCGGAUAAACGGCCAACAUUUGCAGAGAUCAGCAAAGAACUGGAGAAGAUGAUGGUGAGGAGUCGGGACUACCUGGACCUUGCCGCCUCCACACCGUCAGACUCCUUGCUCUAUGAUGACGGAGUGGCUGAAGAAGAGACGCCACUGGUAGACUGUAAUAAUGCUCCCCUCCCUCGGUCCCUCCCCUCCACAUGGAUUGAGAACAAACUCUACGGCAUCUCGUACCCCUGCUGGUCUGAAGACAGCCCUGUCCCCAUCACAAGAUUCGAUGGAACUAACUCAGUCUUUACAAGAUAUGCAAAUGAUAGUGUUUAUGCAAACUGGAUGGUGUCACCGACAGCUGCAAAAUUAAUGGAGCGUUGUGAUACUUAAAAAGCCCACGACAAGCCAAUUGCUACGUGUGCACAUUCAUACCUUAUUCCCUCUGCACACACACAGACACAUACUCCCUCCUCCGCAAGCUUUAAACUGGGCGAAAUGGAUGCAUUCCUAACUGCUUGCUCCCGACAUGGUGUGAGGAAUGGGUGACCUCUGAACCCUCACAACUUGACCUAUUGCUUCAACGAGGCCUCCUUGAUCCAGCCUCAUCCCAUUUCCCUAAUGUGAUUGCUACCACCGUGCCUGAAAUGAUCUGGUGUUUGCUUAAUUACCUGAGGAACUGAGGAAAGGAAGAGACACUGGGAGGUGGAUUGGGAGCCAAGGAGGGCCUAGCAGUAGAGGAAGGAAAUGCUGGGGCCAUGAUGAUUGGAAAGAUAGGUGAAAUAAUAUAUGUAGUUUUAAUGGUGACAGCAAUUUGUGUGCCAGUUCUAAUUUUCUGUGGCUAAAGGAAUUAGAUAUUUAGAAUAAUUUACCCUUGCGCUUUGAAGUAAACCAAAACACAACGGCUUUGUAGCUGCCUCACAGUUAUUGACUAUUACUUACACCACCAGUCUAGGUUUCAAUCUCAGUGGCUGGAAUAUUUGAGCAGUAUUGGCUGCUUCUGGCUGUAAAUCCGUCUCUUGCACACAUUCUACAUCCCACCAUUUUUCCCUAUUAUUGAGCAUGUAUCCUGGAAGUCUUGAGUUGUGGGAAUAUCAAAGCACAGUAUUAGAAGAAGAGUAGGCCAAGCAGCCUUCGGGCUCACAGUGGCAUUCGGAUAGAUCAAGGCCACCCUGUCUGACCAUACCAUGUACCCAUCUUAGUUUCAGAACUCCUGGCACUCUCACUGAAUGUAUUAAUCUUCACUUCAAAAGUUUCAAUUGGUUCAUAACCAACAAAGAGAGAUUCACGUUUCUGACCAGUUAUGGAUCACAAAUAUCAGUGUUCCCCGGACUCCAGACCAAAGGAGAAUCUAGAUGACAAAUUAGCCUAUUCACUGGUUGUUGCAAAUCAGAACACCAUGGUGCUGGGUCAAUAGAAACAGCAGGAUAAUUGGACCUAGACCCUGGGUACAGUCAUCUUGAUGGCCAGCUGAUUUUUGACUAAAGGAAACAACCUCAAUUUGGAUAGUUUUAAGGGAAUCACCUUGGGGAUGGCACUAGCUGUCACAUAGGACCACAAGUAUUUGUAGUCAUGGCUGACUCUUAUGGUGUGAGGUUUGCAGGAAGCCAUUGCUGCUACUUCUCUGACUGAUCAGUGAUGAAGGACAGAAGUAUUCACAGCCUGACGUUGUACGAAAUUAUAACACACACUGAUCAACUUAACAACAACUUGCAUUUAUAAUGUAACUUGCAUAUAGCUAAGCACAUUUCAAAGUUGUGUUAUUAAACUAAUUUUAAGAUAUUAAUGCUAUGUCUAAAACUUUAGUGGGGCUUAAGAAUUAUCUUAAAGGAAGAAAGAUGGAGAGAGAAGUGGAAAGGUAAUAAGGCCGAGCUACAGUUGCCAAUGGUCCAGCACUUAUAUUUGGGUAAAAGUCUAAAACUGGAGGGACAUGAACAUUCCUGAAGACUAGAGGAAAUGAGUAACAUAGGGAGUGUACCACUAUGGGGCCAUUUAAGCAGGAGCCAGUAUAGGUCAACAAGCACAAGGGUGAGGGGUGAACAAGACUUGGUGUGGGCUGCAAGACAAGCUUUUGUAAUUGGAUGGCCUCAGUUUUUCAGAGCCAGGGAGGCCACCCUAGAAUAGGUAGGUCUAGAAGUAAGAAAGGCAGAUAAGGGUCUCAGCCAUAGCAGCUGAGUUCAGGUAGGGGAAUAUUUGGGUAAUGCUUUGCAGAUAUGAUGGCAGGAAGAUAUGACCUAGUACUCCUUUCUGAGGUCAAAUACAAUACCAAGGUUGCAAACAGUCUGCUCGGGUUCUGAUUGUUGCCAGGGUAAGGAUGAAGUCACUGUCCUUGACAAUGAUGCAUAGCAAGGGGCUGAAGGAGCCAGCUUUAGUCCUUCUGCUAUUUGGUAUAAGAAAUAUCUGGAGUCAGACAAGCGAUCUUACAAUUUAGAGAGAGUGGAGAGGAAAGCACUGGUGAGGUUAAGCUGGGUAUUGUCAGUGCACAUGUGGAAACUGCACAGGGUUUUGUGGUAAGAUAUAGAAGGGAGACAAGGACAGAUCUUUGGGGUACACCAGAUGUGAUGGCAUUGGUGCAGCAAGAAAAAACAUUGAUACUGAUUCUUGGCGAGAACUGGAAAAAUUAAUUUAAACAAAUUGAGUUGAUUCAGCAAACAACACAAUGCUAAACAAACACUGCCAAACUAAAAUCCUGAUAAUGACAAUGAUCUUAUUGUACUUGGCCACACUCUGAAUUGAAGCAGCCAUGUUAGAAAGCCCAAGAAUCAGCAUGUGUAUGAGCAGAUGCUGCAGCCUUAGUAUUUCUCUUUCUGCUGAAGCUGGGAUGAGGCACCCCAUUUCUCCGUCCCACCUGAUCGACAGGGAGUACCCCAUUGACACAGAAAUGAGUUGUGUUGUUCGAAAUGAGAGUUGGUUCUGCCUAAGCUCCCAAAGAAUGAGAGUGAGGUUGUCCUUUUGUGACUAAAGGUUGUGUGUGUAUCAACAUGUCGCAGCACCUAGAGAUGGUGCAGUUAACUUUUUAUAAAUCUGCUUUGAAUGAUUUGAGUGGAGAAAGGAAGGCCAAUAACAUAGGAUUUGUGACCUUAGAUGCAUCGUAUAUAUCCUUACCAGGGUUGCUAAGUUUUGUUUUAAAGCUGUAAUGCGAAAGGGGGGAAAAUGUAGAUUUUAUUCACUUCUCUUGCAAACAGCUAAUUUGUUCUCUACCUGACCACACAAUGUUAGUGUUUAAGAGGGAAAUG